GAUGGUGACUGACGUGCAGCUGGCCAUCUUUGCCAACAUGCUUGGCGUGUCAUUGUUCCUGCUUGUUGUCUUGUAUCAUUAUGUUGCUGUCAAUAACCCGAAGAAGCAGGAGUAAAGUCCCCCAAAAUGACUGGAAAGAUGAGAUGGAAAUCGGUGCCACCACCCAAGAAACACCAUUACCCUCAUCCUGGUCCCCUCCCAGAAGAUAAUUUUUUUUGUUUGCACAGUAGUGUUUUUUUUUUCUAAUAAAAAUGUUUAACUUCCA